CCCUCCCUCUCUCCCUCCAUCUCUCUCUCCCCUUCUCUCGCUCCCUGUGCCAGCCUCCUUGUUUUCCUGCACAGCCUCUGGUGUACAAGCAUUACCUUUGCAGUACUGGCACAGCCUGCUGCACCGAGCAGCCCUCCCUCCUUCCACCCUCUCCCCUUUCAUUUUUGCAAGAAAAGAGGGGGGUCGAGAGGCAUUGGCUGCAGAAUAGCCUCCUUCCCUCUUUUUCCACCCUCCCAUUCUGCCCAUUACAUUGUGCCCCCCUCACCCAUCGCUGCCUGUGGUGGUUGCCCUGGAGGAUCUCUAUGGCUGGUUGAGGGUUUCCCACUCCCCCUUGGAUUCUCGCUGCUGACAGCUCCUGCUUGAUCAGACAGAGCGGUCACCAUGACAACAGAACUGGGGUCAGAGACAGAACUUACUCCUGGCCCUGAGAGCCCUGCACAGGAUGGAGUAUCUAAUCCUGCUCUACAUGCCCAAGAUGCCCCCUAUGCACCUGCUAACAACGUAGAGAGGCCAGGAGCCAGUGAAAAUGCAUGGAGGCCUGAAGAGGGAGAAGAGAGAGUGGACAUGUCAGAAGAACGAACAACACCCACCCACAUGCAGAGGUCACCCCAAAAACAUUCCAGGAAACCCAAGAGUGCUCUUUGCAGGGUAACACUGUUGGAUUCUUCCAACUAUGAGUGUGAGGUAGAGAAGCACUCUCGAGGGCAGGUCCUGUUCAAUACGGUAUGUGGGCAUCUCAACCUUCUGGAAAAAGAUUACUUUGGCCUGACAAUCUGCGACUCCGACAGUCAAAAGAACUGGCUGGAUCCUUCCAAAGAAAUAAAGAAACAGAUCAAAAGUGGUGCGUGGACAUUUGGCUUCACAGUAAAGUUUUAUCCUCCAGACCCAUCCCUGCUUACAGAGGAUAUUACAAGGUAUUACCUGUGCCUGCAGCUACGUGCUGACAUCAUCAGUGGCCGUCUACCAUGCUCGUUUGUCACACAUGCCCUGCUUGGGUCGUAUACUGUCCAAGCUGAAUUGGGCGACUAUGAUCCUGAGGAGCAUCAUGGAAACUAUGUUAGCGAGCUGCGCUUCUCCCCCAACCAGACGCGAGAGCUGGAGGAGAGAAUAAUGGAACUGCACAAAACAUACAGGGGGAUGACUCCGGCAGAAGCUGAGAUUCAUUUUCUAGAAAAUGCCAAGAAGCUGUCUAUGUAUGGAGUGGACCUACAUCAUGCCAAGGACUCUGAGGGGAUUGAUAUAAUGCUGGGAGUUUGUGCCAAUGGGCUUUUGAUCUACAGAGACCGGCUGCGAAUAAACCGCUUUGCUUGGCCCAAAAUCCUCAAGAUUUCCUACAAAAGGAGCAACUUUUACAUUAAAAUACGACCGGGGGAGUACGAGCAGUUUGAAAGCACCAUUGGUUUCAAGCUCCCCAAUCAUCGAGCUGCAAAGCGUUUGUGGAAAGUUUGCAUAGAACAUCACACAUUCUUUAGGCUUGUGUCCCCAGAACCAGCCCCCAAGGGAUUCCUAGUGAUGGGUUCAAAGUUCCGUUACAGUGGGCGCACGCAGGCACAGACUCAACAGGCAAGCGCCCUCAUAGACCGACCGGCACCUAACUUUAAACGCUCUUCUAGCAAACGGUACACCCUGUCUGAAAGCCAAGAAGAAGGUUUUUCACUGCCGACUGCUGUAAACGAGAACCAUGAUUCUUCACCAGAGAAAAACGAAGAGGACCUCCGAGAAGAGGAGGACAGUGGAGAGGGGCAGGAAGAGGUGACCACACCAACCAAAAUCAAGGAACUAAAGUCGGAGCAAGAGAGCACCCCCCGGCACAAGGAGUUCCUAGACAAGUCUGAGGAUGUCCUGCUGAAACACCAGGCCAGUAUUAAUGAAUUGAAAAGAACUUUGAAACAGCCAAACAGCAAAUUGGUCCACAGAGAAAGGGGGAGGGAGAAGAGAUUGCCAUCCUCACCCACUUCCUCAUCCCCUAAACCAGAGGAUGGAGAGGACACAGCGAAAAGAGUAGAAGAUGACACUGACAGUGCUGCUGCCCAGGACUCAGAUGUUUUCACCCAGAAAAGCCUUGCUUCCUCUCCAGAGGGCAUGGAGCAUUGGGUUUUUAUAGAGAGGCCAUCAGAGAACACUCAGGUGUCCCCUGGAGAGAUGGAAAAGAAUGAAAGUGAACAGCUGUCUGGACUAGACCUGUCCAAUAGAGAUGAAGAACCUCCCCUAAAUGAAACGCAGGUUUCUAAAGUAAGAGAGGAGAGUAGAAAAGAGGAGGUAAGAGUGGAGAAGGUGUCAGAAAAACCUAUAUAUGCUACAAGGGGAGUAGAGAGAAGAAUCAGACUGACAGAGAGAAAGGAGCGAUUGGUGAUGGUGGCCAAUGAGUGGGAAGAUGUGGACAACAAGGCAAGGACAGCACCAGAUGGAGCACCAGCUGAGGACAGCAAGGGUUGGACAUUUAAGGGAGAAAAACUAGAACUGACUGCCGCAUGCAGUCAAGGAGAAGAAGCCCACCAAAGAGGAAAGACCAAUGUGAACAAAGGGAAAGAGACAUUCUUUGUGAAAAAUAAUAGGAGCAGGAAAACAGAAUUAGGGGUGUCAGAAAAACCCAAAGACAUAUGCAGGGGUGUUCUAGACCUUGCAGAAAGUAGGCGGCUUAUUGUGUGUGAGGAAGAAGCUGGAGAUAGUGCAGAGGACACUGCGAAUGAAUGGCCUGUUGGUCUGACUUGGGAAGAACAAGAGAGCACACUGGUGUGGUGUGAAAGUUCAGGUUAUCAACAGCUUGUGAGGCAGGAAGACCAGGAUAUCACAGACAGUUUUGCAUCAUUCAAUGACCAAGGCCAGCAAAUGCAAUUUCAAAAAUCAGGUAAUAAACAAAAGAACAAUAGAAGCUCACCUGAACAGACAACGUCUGCUUCAAAUGAAAGACCUGAGUAUACUCUAAGUAAAGUUUCCACUGAUUUUAUAAUGUUAAAUAAUCCACAAGAAGAGAAAGAAAAGACACGUCAUACAAGCAUGAAUAGAGGAGAGGAGACUGCUGCUUUUUUUGCAGAAAGCAAUGUUUCACCCUCCCCAGGUAUUUGCAGUGUUACAGAGAGAGGCAGAGCAAUGUCAACUGCUGAAGACUGGGGCCAACCAGCUCUCCCUUUUAUGUUGCCCACCAUCAUACCACUGCCAGUGACAUUGGCCAAUAACAGAGAAAACCAAGUGAGUGAUUUCAAUCCAAAUGAAUGUCCGCUUCUUGAAUCCAACCCCAGGAAUCACAUUGCCCCCCAGAAUGCAGGAGAUGCUAGCCCAGCAGAGUCUACCACCAAUACCCCAGUGGACCUUUCCUCUCCCGACUCUGGUUGUGAAAUCACACUGACUGAAGCGGCGGUAACUUUGUGUCAACCCCUUGAGCCGACGUCUUGGGAAGAAAGGGACAUCCCAUCAGCCCUAAGAGAGGUCACCCUGCCGGACCAGGGUUUUAGGAAAACUGGAAGUGUUCUUUAUCAGAGAGCGAGCAGCAGGGAGACAGAGGAGCCACGGGGCAUAGGCGAAGAGGAACAGAAUGCAGGGCUAUUGAAGGAAAAUCAGCUCAGUAUUGAAAGGAAGUGCUCCAGCAUCACAGUCAGCUCCACAUCCAGUCUGGAAGCUGAGGUAGACUUCACCGUCAUCGGAGAUUACCACUCCAACGUUGGAUUUGAAGACUUUUCCCGCAGCCUGCCAGAGCUGCAUCGAGAUCAGGGUGAUGGGGCAGGAGGUCCCACAGAAAACAAUUCCACAGCAGCGUCUAACGAAAUGCAGGAUGAGGAGACAAAGGAUCUGGAAACCAUGGAGCCCUGUUUACAGACUGUACAGAAGGAGGUUGUCAGCACAUUAACCACAGUAAGUGGAACAGCAGAUGGGGGCACCACAACAGAAACACAGGUCACCACAACAGAAACACAGGUCACCACAAUACAAACCACACAGGUGGAUAAGAAGGGGGAUGUGCACAGCAUUCAGUUGUACACCUCAGAGCCAGAAACUUAUUCUCAGGUUGAGGACUUUAAAACAGAGGCAAGAGUUGCAGAACCUGGGGAUGGUAUUCAGACAUCGCAUACAGAUGGUUCACGCACCCACCAUGCUAUACCUGCAGCAGUUUUUUCCCAUGGUGCCACAGCAGAGACCCUUUCCUCCUCCACAACCACCCAUGUGACCAAGACGGUUAAAGGUGGAUUUUCUGAGACACGAAUAGAAAAACGAAUAAUCAUAACCGGGGAUGAAGACGUGGACCAAGAGCAGGCCCUUGCACUGGCCAUAAAAGAAGCCAAACUUCAGCACCCAGAUAUGAUGGUCACCAAGGCCGUUGUGUAUUGUGAGACAGAACCCUCCCCUGAGGAGCCUGGAGAGAGUGUUGAGAAAUCUUGACAUCGGAUAUUGGAUGUGAACAUUCCCUUGGCCACUUCUCUUUGUUUUUCACCUAUGAAGAUAAGGACACCCUCUCCCUCCCUUAAUUUCCUCUUUACACACCAUGCCAGCUGCAAAUACCACCACAUCCGGCAAAGGGGCAAAUAAAACCAUGCUGACAGCGCACCCUUACAGAGAGAGACUUGCCACCCUCCCAGGAGCAGAUUCCCUAACAGAGUGCUGAGGGCAACUAUACACCUUACCUUCUCCCCUUCCCCUUGGCCAAUCUUCCUGAGACGCAUGUGUGACAAUAUGGGACUGCAUGCAACAUCGACAGGGUUCAUUUUAUCUGCACUAUUAAGGAACUAUUGCUCUGGAUUGCUAGAGACCUUUGAAGAAUCAAUUCCUUGAUGAUCUUGGCUCUCUAGCCUAGAAGGGGAUAAUCUUUGGAUUAAUCAGGAUACCUCUCUGCAAUAGAUAGAAACCAAGCACGCUCUGAGCCUGUUCUUAUAAUCUGCAGCCUGGAAAUCACUCUGCAUUAGAUAGAAACGCAGCACGGUCUGAGCCUGUCCUGAUAAUCUGCAUCCAGGAGGACAAAUUAGCUAGAAAUCAAAGCAUCAUCUGAUAUUCUGCACUCAGUGGGUCAACCUCUUUUGGAUCUUUGAUUGAUUUUAAAUGCUGAAUAUCUUAUAAUGUUGACUGGUACAGUUAUAAUUAAAAGAACCGCUUACAUAGUUACAUAGUUAUUGAAGAUGAAAAAGUAAAAAAUGCAAAUG